CGACCGAGAGAGUGAGGCAGAAAAAGCGAGGUGAUCAUGGAGGAGGACCGCGGGGAGCAGAUGAGACCUUUACUGACUAUGCGACAUGAUGAAGAAGCUAUUGUGGAUUUGGGAAAAACGAGUACAAUUGUCAAUACAAACUUUGAGAAAGAAGAACUAGAGAGUCAUCGGGCAGUCUACGUAGGGGUUCAUGUUCCUCUUGGUAGACAAAGCCGAAGGCGACACAAGCAUCGUGGUCAUAAGCAUCAUCACAAGAAAAAGGGAAAAGAGAAGGAUUCUGAUAAAGACGAUGGAAGAGAGUCUCCGUCCUAUGAUACCCCAUCUCAACGUGUCCAGUUUAUCCUGGGGAUAGAGGAUGAUGAUGAGGAGCAUAUGCCACAUGAUCUCUUUACAGAACUGGAUGAACUUUGCUUCCGUGAUGGAGAGGAUUGUGAGUGGAAAGAAACUGCCCGAUGGUUGAAGUUUGAGGAGGAUGUAGAAGAUGGUGGGGAGCGAUGGAGUAAACCAUAUGUGGCUACCCUGUCUUUACAUAGUCUGUUUGAGUUGAGAAGCUGCAUACUAAAUGGGACUGUCAUGUUGGAUAUGAGAGCUAGCACCACGGAGGAGAUAGCAGAUAUGGUACUGGACAACAUGAUAGCAUCUGAUCAGCUGGAUAAAAGCAUGCGAGACAAAGUGAAGGAAGCACUAUUGAAAAAACAUCAUCACCAGAGCGAAAAGAAACUGAGUAAUCGAAUUCCUAUCGUCCGUUCCUUUGCAGAUAUAGGCAAGAAACAUUCUGAUCCUCACUUGCUUGAGCGAAAUGGGGAAGGCCUUUCUGCCUCCCGCCUUUCACUUCGUGCUGGUCUUUCUUCUUCAAGCCUUUCGUUAAGAGGAAGUUCUCUUUUCACUGUUCCAUUUGGCUCCUUUCUGCCUGGUUCCAAGGGUGGAUCAUUAGCAGGUUCAAGGUGUGCAAGUCCUGUUCCCACCCCUCAAAACACGCCACCCUCCACUCCAAAACUGGAGCAUCGCUGUCAGGGUCAAAGUCAGUUGCUGGUGUCUUGUGUCGGUGAGGAUAUUCCUGAUGUAAUAGUUCAUCCCCCUGAUGAAGAAUUUGAGGUGCAAGAAGGACAGGUGAAAGCACACGAAGAAUGUGAUGACCGUAAAGCAGGACUUUUAGCAUCCCCCCAAUCUGCACCAGGUAUCUUGGAGACUAAGAGCAUUGAAAAAACAAUGGGUAAUAGCGCAAGUAGAGAAAACAGCACAGUGGACUUCAGCAAGGUGGACAUGAAUUUCAUGAAAAAGAUUCCACCUGGUGCUGAGGCUUCCAAUGUCUUGGUGGGAGAAGUGAACUUCCUUGAGAGACCCAUCAUUGCCUUUAUUCGUCUGUCGCCUGCUAUUCUUCUUACAGGACUUACAGAAGUUCCAAUUCCCACCAGGUUUUUAUUUCUUAUGUUGGGGCCAUCUGGUAAAGCACAGCAAUACCAUGAAAUUGGUAGAUCAAUAGCUACCCUAAUGACAGAUGAGGUUUUCCACGAUGUUGCUUAUAAAGCAAAAGAUCGAACAGACCUGCUGGCAGGAAUAGAUGAAUUUUUAGAUCAAGUUACUGUUCUUCCACCAGGAGAGUGGGAUCCUUCAAUCCGAAUUGAACCACCAAAAAAUGUUCCUUCGCAGGAAAAACGGAAGUGCCCCCCUCCCCUUCCAAAUGGUCCACCAAUUUCCAGUGGAACCACAAAUCAUGAAGAGCAUCACACUGGGCCAGAACUUGAACGCACUGGAAGGUUCUUUGGUGGCUUAAUUCGUGACAUCAAAAGAAAAUCGCCAUUCUAUUUGAGUGACUUCAAAGACGCACUUAGCCUGCAGUGCUUAGCAUCUAUUCUUUUCCUGUACUGUGCCUGCAUGUCCCCUGUCAUCACAUUUGGAGGGUUACUAGGGGAAGCUACUGAUAACAAUAUAAGUGCAAUAGAAUCUCUCUUUGGGGCUUCAAUGACAGGAAUUGUGUAUUCCUUAUUUUCUGGACAGCCGCUUACAAUUUUGGGAAGUACAGGACCUGUAUUGGUGUUUGAAAAAAUACUAUUCAAGUUAUGCAAGGAAUAUGAACUUUCGUAUCUCUCGCUUCGUGCCAGUAUUGGACUCUGGACUGCAUUGCUGUGCAUAAUGUUGGUUGCCACUGAUGCAAGUAGCCUAGUUUGCUACAUAACGCGCUUCACAGAGGAAGCCUUUGCUGCUCUUAUUUGCAUUAUAUUCAUAUAUGAAGCACUGGAAAAGCUCUUUACUUUGGGAAAGAAGUUUCCAUUUAAUAUGCAGAAUAAUCCAGAAACACUUACCCAAUACUCGUGUGCCUGUAUUGAACCAUCUAAUCCUUCCAACCGAACCCUUGAUAUCUGGUAUCGAGAAAAUAUAUCUGCAGAUAGCAUUUCAUGGAGGAAUCUUACAGUUUCAAAAUGUCAAAGAUAUGGUGGAAUGUUUGUUGGACCAGCAUGUGGACAAAAUGGACCCUACGUUCCUGAUGUCCUCUUCUGGUCAAUUAUUUUAUUUUUUGCAACGUUUUUUCUCUGCUCCUUCCUGAAGCAAUUCAAAACCAAACGUUAUUUCCCAACAAAGGUGCGAGCCAUUAUCAGUGAUUUCGCGGUGUUUCUUACCAUACUAAUUAUGGUAUUGAUUGACUUUCUUGUCGGAGUCCCUUCGCCAAAGCUUAAAGUACCUGACAAGUUUGAGCCUACUGGAAAACAUCGUGGUUGGUUUAUAGACCCGCUUGGAGGUAACCCUUGGUGGACACUGCUUGCUGCUUUUGUACCAGCAUUGUUAUGCACAAUCCUUAUUUUCAUGGAUCAACAGAUCACUGCAGUUAUUGUUAAUAGAAAAGAGCACAAGCUGAAGAAAGGUUGUGGUUAUCACCUUGAUUUGUUGAUGGUUUCUAUUAUGCUGGGAGUAUGCUCAAUUAUGGGUCUUCCCUGGUUUGUGGCUGCCACUGUUCUCUCCAUCAGUCAUGUCAAUAGCUUAAAAGUGGAAUCGGAAUGCUCAGCACCAGGUGAACAACCCAAAUUCCUCGGCAUUCGAGAACAGAGAGUUACAGGCUUACUGAUAUUCGUCCUAAUGGGAUUGUCUGUUUUUAUGACUUCUGUUCUGAAGUUUAUCCCAAUGCCAGUGCUCUAUGGGGUCUUCCUCUACAUGGGCGUUUCUUCCUUGAAAGGCAUUCAGUUUUUUGAUCGUAUAAAGCUGUUUGGGAUGCCUGCAAAACACCAGCCUGACUUAAUCUACCUGCGCUAUGUUCCACUGUGGAAAGUUCAUAUCUUCACAGUUAUUCAGCUUAGCUGUCUUGUUAUUCUCUGGGUUAUCAAGAUUACAGCUGCUGCAGUUGUCUUUCCCAUGAUGGUUCUCGCUCUGGUGUUUAUCCGGAAACUUUUGGACUUCUGUUUUACAAAACGAGAACUUAGCUGGUUGGAUGAUUUAAUGCCAGAGAGCAAAAAGAAGAAAUUGGAAGAUAUGCAGAAAAAGAAGAAAGAAACUGAGGAAGCUCAAAGAAUGCUUGAAGUUGCAGAAAGUGGAACAGUACAACUCCCCUUAGAGGGUGGCAAUAUUCUGAAGAUUCCAGUGAAAAGUAUUAAGUACAGCCCAGACGAUCCUUCAGUCGUAAACAUAUCUGAUGAAAUGGCCAAAACUGCUGUGUGGAAGGCUCUUGCUGUUAAUGCUGAGAAUGCAAAAGUUGUAAAACUUGAAGCAAGUCCUGAAUGUACUACAGAUAUCCAAAUAAACAUUGAAGAGGUGCCUCCAAGAAAUGUCCUUGAUGCAGAAACAUCUGUAUGAAACAAGCUACGUCUUGAUUAAUCUAGAAAAACUUCUUUUUAUGAAAACUACUACUUGAGCCACAGCCAAACCUCUGGAUCCUUUGCAGGAAAAAGAAGUGUGUUGGACCUAAUCAGUGUCUCAGUCAGAGUGAAAUUCUGACCAAGGUUGUUUUACCUUUGUACUAUUGUCAACUGCAAUGCUAGCUACUGUUUGAGUCUUUACUUAUUAUUCAAUUUACAAUUUUUGGCAUAAGGUUAUGGAAAGUAAACAAGCAAUAAUCUAUGAGAAGUUAUUUUAAAAUUAAAAUCUGCUUACCAACAUUUGAUUUGCUUGAUGAUGGCAGAUGUACCAUUUUUAAAAAAUGAAAAAUAGCACAUGAUGAUCACAAGUAUACUGUUGAUACAAAAUAUAUUGCUUAUUGACAUUCACACUCCAUGUGAUAACCAGUAGGUAAUAAGAUCUUCAACCAAAUGCUCGAAUCUCUGUCUUUAUUGGUCAUUGAUCCUUCAGAGUUUUGUUGCUACUGAAUAACAAUGAGCUAGCAGGUGGUAAUAAGUGUUGUGAUAGAAGAGGUAUGUAAAUUGGUAUUAUAUCUGAAGGGUGUGCAUCUGUUUACUAUACUGGUGUAAUACUGGGGUUGGUUGCUAUCCUUUUAUUUACAAAAUGGUGCACCGGUUUUGCAAAACUGAUUUGAGACUGUCUGCAUCUGAACUGUUUACAUGUAACUUUAUUCAACAUGGUAUACUGUAGGCUUUAUUUAGCAUUGCAGUGUUAUGUUUUAUUUAUUUAUAUUUAGCCUCAAGUUUAUUCAGAAAUUUCCACACUAUAUGGAAUUUAAAGAAGAUUUGGCUAAUUUUAUAAAGAUUGUUCUAGUAUUUUUGUCUUUGUACUUUAGAUAUGUAGAGUGACCACUUUCUAUGGGCAGUACUGUAGUUAUAGUAUUAGAUCAGUAAUUCUAGAGCCAUCUCAGGAAAUCAGAAUCUUCCCAUUGAUCCAUAUUGCCAUGCUUUAACACAAUUUGUGAAGUUGUUUUGUCUUCCAGAUCAGAUGAAAGUUUUAAAAAUAUUUCCUUUGGCCAGCCAUUUUGUUUUCAAAUGAGGCAAGUUAAUUUAUCUUUAGAUAAAAACACAAUGCCAGUGCAACACAAAGAACUGUAUUCAUCAUUUGCAUUGAAUCAUUGCAAAAUAAUAGCCAAACAGCCAAAACACAGAAAUGGUAAUAUUGUGAAACAUUUGUUUUGUAUUCCAAUACUGAUUAUAUAGUUAAACAUAUGGCAAGUUUUGCGGAUAUAUUCAGUAAACCAAUUUUCUGCUAUUUUAUUAAAUGUACAAAUUGUAAUCACUGUAAUUGAAUAAUUGAGUUUGCAUUACAUAAGAAGGGAUGUGAAUUAUAGAAACUUAUUUUAAUCGAGUGUCAGUUGGUGAACUGAAGUUUUCUAUUUAAUUUUUUUAGGUUACUCUAAAUAGUAUUGUGUUGAUACUGUUGAUCGUUAGAUGCUAAAUACAGUAUGAGAUUUUAACAGUUUGAAAAACUGGUUUCUGACGGGGACAGUUUUGUCCCAUUUUUUGUUUUUUUUUAAAUCUGCAGUUAACGGUAAUUUUAUGUCUUCCUAUGUUCUGCUUAUUUAAUCACAGAACAAAUACAAUCCCUAGUAUUCAUCAAUUUUCAUAAAAUUGUCUAAGUUCAGAAAAUUAUGGUUAAAGUUUUUAUGACUAUUUCUAAGUACAGUAGUGAUUUCAUUUAUUUUUGUAAGGACACCCAAAGCAAUGUAAAAAUGUUACAGUAGUCCAUGUCUUAGUUUAAAUGAUAUGUGUAUAACCCCCAGAUUUUGUUUUCUUUCAAGGCCAUUGUCCUGCCUUUAAUUGAAUAUUAGAGGAGAAUAACUAUUUUUUGUAAUGUCUUACCUGUUAAUAAAAGCAAUAAAGUCUUUUAUUGUACCAAA